AAGCGUCUACAGCAGCUACUAUGAUUGCACCAACACUCGAUACAAGGCAGACUACACCGGUGGCCUGCCUGCCCGCUUUACUGGUAGAAAUCCUUCGUCAUAUAGACGGUCCAUCUAUCUUGCAGUGUUCCUCUGUCUGCCGCACAUUGAACAGGGCGAUUGAUUCCUCUGCAGAGCUUCAGUAUCACAUUGAGCUUGCUCUUGAUUGCGUGCUUGAUGGCCCUCCGAGCACCGUCACAGUUUCAGAGUGUCUGGAACAACUGCGGACCCUCCGUAGUGCGUGGACCUUGUUCGAGUGGAAGAAAGAAGUUCGGGUACCCAUGCCUGAUUUCUGCCACGCAUACGAGCUUGUGGGGGGUGGAGGCAUUGAUCACAACCAAUCCUGUUCACGAAGAUUCAUUUCUUCCUGGCUACCACCCUCGUCAGCUCCUGGACACACGCUGGUUCGGAAUGCCAUAGGCAUCUCCACGGGAGACUUCACCAUCGAUCCAUCGCAAGAUCUCAUCGCUUUUCAUCCCGAAGCGUCAUCUCCAAUUCUUCGCACCCUCACCCCCUCCAUAAUGACCAGUGCAUUCAUACAAAUCGUGGAUGAUGUGAUUGGUAUGUUUUGGAUGGAGCUCGACAAUCCUCGCAUCACAAUCUGGAAUUGGAAGACAGGUCAGAUACUUGUCGUAAGAUCGCAACGGCGACGACUUGCCACUCAUAUCAGCUACUUUUCAUUCAUUUUGAACCGGGCAUACAUGAUCACGCGCGGGAUAGACGGUGGUUCGAUCCAAGUUUUCACAUUUGGGGAAAAUCAACAUGAAAUCGUCCAUGUAGCGAGCCUAUCGUUGCCUGUCCUGAAGUCUCGCCAUUUCGUGCACUGCGCGAUUCAUACCGGUCACUUUGUGGCAAGGUGUCCUCCAAACACGCCUUUCUGGACCAAUCAGGAGGAGCGGAUGUAUGUUCUAUCCGUGGAUUAUAUUCAGAUGGACCCGCAUAUCCCUGGCGCUAGGCCCAAAUUCUUUCUCUUCUUCAAGAAUAGCACUCCUCUCAGAUAUAUACGGAAAUACCGGGAACAAAGAGAAACAACCCCCUUCGAGGUGCCUUGGGAGGAGUGGGGUCCCCACGAGAGCCGCAUGCUUCAUCAUCAAGUACCAUAUCAGUGGCUAAGAUACGUUCAUGGCCAUCGAGUGGUCUUUCCGCUACAAUCCAGCAGCACGCAAGUGAUGGACUUCAAUGUACGCAAAACCAAACGGCAUGUCUUUCCUCCGCAGCCGGACUCCAAGGCGAGGGUUGAGGUCAUUGAUUACCCCACGAUCAUCUCGUCGGACGGCCUUUUCCCGGGCCUUAUUGAGACAAAUUUGCCCUAUCGCAUCUGUCGAAGGGAUGAGCUUGAAGGUUUUUCGGGCGUGAUGAUUGACGAGCAAAGAUUUGUCGGUUUGAAAAGCCCCUCAUUUGCUGAUGGCGAUAUGAAGGAUCUGCAUGUUUUGACUGCUGUUGAACGUUGUACACUGCUAUUUUGUUGCCGUUCACAAGAUAAGUGUUAUUCAUAAAUAUAGAUUACCAGGGAAGACUGUACAAGUAUGGAAUGAUCGCUUGACAAAUGAAAUGUUAUGAAUCUCUC